AGCGGGGACCCCCAGCUAGGAGGGCCUGCUGGAUGCCCCCAGACAGGCAGCAUGCGCCCCGAGGCGGCCAGGCAGGCGGGCCGGGCAAGGACAGAUGAAGUGCUGAUAGGGAUGACCCAGGGGACUGUAUCCCAAUGGCGUCCUCACACCCCCUGGAACUGACGGUCUUGGGAAAUGGCCCUGGGCCUGGCCAGGGAGCCCCAGAAGGGGGAACUUCAGCACCACGGAGAGCUCCCAGCAUGGGAAUUGAGAAUGCCUCUUAUCAGGGAGAGGAGGAAGAAGAAGAGAAGGAGGCGGAAACCUCCUUCCCGAGUGGCCAAGGCACAGGAAGCACUCCUAGGGAAAACAUGGCGCCCCCUAGGGGAGACCUCUCUCCGAGGUCAGAGGAUGGCCCUUUGUCAGACACAGCUGGGGACUCAGCAGACUAUGGCUUCAUUUUGGCUCUAGUCUUCUUGGUAAGUGGGAUUUUGCUUGUGAUUGUUGCCUACAGCAUCCCACGGGAGGCGCGAGUCAACCCCGACACAGUGUCUGCCAGAGAGAUGGAAAGACUCGAGAUGUAUUACGCCCACCUGAGCUCUCAUUUGGACAAGUGCAUCAUUGCAGGCUUGGGGCUGUUGACUUUGGGGGGGAUGCUCCUCUCUGUGCUCCUGAUGGUGUCCAUCUAUAAAGGGGAACUCUACAGAAGAAGGCCGUUCCCAGCUUCCAGAGCUCCCCGGAAGACUUACGGAUCUAUAAACCUGAGGAUGAGGCAGCUUAAUGGAGAAUGGGGACAAACUUUGGUUGAGAAUGAGGUCAUUCAGAUGACGGAGGCUAUGAACGUCAGCCAGACCUGCUGACGUUCCUCCAUAGAUGAUGUAACUGAUAUAGCUCUUCCUACAUAAAACGUAAGUUAAAGUACUGAGGUCAGAGAAGGCUUUGUUCUGGAGCUGGGUUGGGGAACGCUUCAGUGCUAAUAUUUAAAGAUAGCUUUGUGUCUCAGAGAAGAAGUGGGGCAAUAUUGGAAAUCUCACCUCCUAAAUAGGAAUCUCAGGCAUGCACCUGAGAAUGCCUCCAUUGCUUACACAUAACAAGAAGUCCGCAGGAACAAACUUUGGGAAGCCAAACAUUAUUUUAUAUUUUAGGAACUUCUUUCUGAAGCGCAGAGGCUGGAUUUUGAAGGACACUUGUGAGCCCCCUCCAAAAGUUGUUCUGUGCUGUGUAUAGUGCCAGGAUAUGCCCCUACUGGUUUUUUUGACCGCUGCGCGACCAAAUGGCCUAUGCUGAAGAAACAGAGACAAAGUAACAUAACUAAGAGCCUUGUCGACUUUAUUUAUAUACUACCAAGCACAGUUUUAAGGCCUGUACUUUUGAGCUAGGUUACUACAGCCUUUUUUCCCUGCAGCAAACAAACUCUUAGCAAUAGUUCCAUCCGGAAGACGUGUGUAGUACUGCAUCUCAGCAGUCAUUCCUCCCAGCAAAAGAUCAGAAUGCAUUCCAAUGUUCUACGAUUUGUACAAGUUCUCUGGAUCGCCUGGUUCUUGACACAUACUUCAC